UCUCAGCACCAUGAUGAAGUCUGUGCUCCUGACCCUCGCCGUGGCCGCCGCCGUCUGCCACGCCGUCCCCUCGAAGCCCCUGGAGGAGUCCCCCCGCUUCGCCUUCUCCCUCGGCAGCGGCGACGGCGCCUUCCUCUCCUUCAACCAGACGUCCUUGGCGCAGGGCCACCCCUGCUUGGUCUGGACCUCUCGGCGAUCUUCAACAAGGAGGAGGACACCUACGCGCCCUAUGGUUAUGCUCAGGACGCCCACCAGGCCUACGCUUCGCCCUACGCCCAGAGGUCCCUCGAUAUUCUGUCUCCCGUGAUUUCUGCUCUGGCUGCUGCUUACCAGGAAAUACCAGUAAACAAAGUACUGUGCCAUAAUGAUGACUUAAGAUUAAAUACGUCUGUUUUGAAGAUUCUAAUGUGUUAUUGA